AUGUCAAUCUCGUCAGUUCACUCAUGCUUCUUACUCGAAAAUCCUACGACCAAUUCCCCCUUUUCCCCCUUGCCCAUACCCCAACUUCAACCCAAGGUGGAAGCUCCGGAACCAGUUAACGAUCAAUCAUGUGUUAUCGGUCAAGAUACUCAAAUCUCAUGGAAGUUCAGUGGCAUCGGUAAACCACGAGUAAAAUGGCUCUUCAAUAAUAAACCACUUCCAACCAAUGGCCGCUUUAAAAUAACUGAUGCUGAAGAUGGAACAUCGACACUAUCGAUUUGUCGAGCUGAACGCGCCGAUCAAGGAAUCUAUACUGCUAUGGCAACGAAUUCUGCGGGCGAAGCUGAAGCCAGAACCACAUUGUCCAUCAUCAUCAUCAAACCCGUGAUCACAGUUAAUCUCGAUGGUUCAUUGCAAAUUAUAAAAGCGGAAACCAUGACACUCAGGAUCACCGCAAUUGGAACACCUAAACCAGGCAUUGUGUGGAUGAAAGGAAACAAUAAAAUCGAACCAAUUGAUCGUAUUCACGAAACAACACAGAACCAUAAUGAUGAUUAUAUAUACACACUGGAAAUCGUGAAUUUACAACCAGAAGAUGAAGGCGAAUAUUCAGCCACGCUUUCCAAUAUUGGUGGAUCACUGCAAUCCAACAAGUGCAAAAUCACUGUUUCGAGUACGUCGCCUUGA